UCCAUAUAAAUUCCUUUUCGCAUUCCCUCUCCUGCACACAGGAAAAAAACACAAACACAGAUUAAAAUCGGGAAGUGAAGAUGCUGACUGCAGAUAUACCUCCUAAUCAAACUAUUUACGUUAAAAAUCUCAACGAAAAAGUCAAAAAAGAAGAGUUGAAAAGAUCUCUCUAUGCCUUGUUCUCCCAGUAUGGGAGGAUUCUGGAUGUUGUUGCUUUGAAGACGGUCAAACUUCGUGGGCAAGCAUGGAUUGUUUUCAGUGAAGUUACUGCUGCUAGUAAUGCAGUUCGCCAGAUGCAAAACUUUCCGUUUUAUGACAAGCCUAUGCGUAUCCAAUAUGCUAAAGGCAAAUCUGAUUGUAUUGCGAAAGCAGAUAAUACGUUUGUUCCAAAAGAUAAGAGAAAGAGACAAGAGGAAAAAACUGAAAAGAAGAGAGAUCCUCCACAGGCUACUAAUGGUGUAAGAGCCGACAACAAUGGAGCCCCUGCUGCUUCAUACCAAAAUGGAAGGUCAAACACACGAGAAGCGAUGCCACCAAACAACAUCCUCUUUGUUCAGAACUUGCCAAACAAUACAACAGAGGACAUGCUACAGAUUCUCUUCAACCAAUUCCCGGGUUUUAAGGAAGUCCGAAUGAUCAAUGCAAAGCCAGGUAUUGCUUUUGUAGAGUUUGAUGACGACAAUCAAUCCUCAACUGCAAUGCAGUCUCUCCAAGACUUCAAGAUCACUCCUCAAAUCUCAAUGGCGAUCAGUUAUGCCAAAAAGUGAGCAAACUGUAUUCUUGAAUUGUGUAAUUGUGGGUCGGUAUUUUACCUUAUUGCCCAUUUGUAAGGAAUUUUGGCAGUUUUAAACUCGUUAUUGUGAAGAAAUUGUAGAAACUAUCUUAAUAUCAAUCGAGACAUCUUCUUUAAUAGCAAA